AGUCAUCGAGUGAGUACAUAAACAAUAGAUGAACAAAUGUAAAAGAGUGACUUGCAACUUUUAAUAUUUUCAAGCAUCGCAAUUAAUAUUUCGCUGAUUUUUUGUCAUAAUUUGCAGCAAAAUCAAAGUUAAAAAUGCCUCUCGAGCAUAAACGCGAGCGAAAAGGUUCAAUGGCCCCAUUGUCGCCUUGUUCAGUGAAUAUAGAUGAUGAUGAGUUGGUAUCGAUUUCAGUGCGUGAUUUGAAUCGAACGCUCAAGCAACGUGGUUUAAAUCGUUCGGAAAUUGUUCGUAUGAAACAAAGACGUCGUACUUUGAAGAACCGUGGCUAUGCAGCCAGUUGCCGUGUGAAACGGAUCGAACAAAAAGAUGUUUUGGAAACAGAAAAAUCAUGCGAAUGGCAAAAUAUGGAGAGUAUGCAGAACAGAAAUCAGGAAUUGCGUGAAGAUAGUGUCAGAUGGCGCAUGAAAUAUGAAGCACUUAAAAAGUUUGCGAUUGAGAACAAAAUUUCCAUUCCAGACGAAUUACAAAAUCCAUAAGUUUUCCAUGGAUUCUAUUUUACAUAUACUAUAAACUUUAUUUCACAAAUAAUCUAAGCAUAAAUAUUGUGUGACUAGAGAUAGUAUACAUAUUUUGAAAGCUUACCGUAUUGUAUUUUGAAGAUUUAAAGUGAAAUUUUAAGAUUUUAAAUAAAAUUUCAGAAAAAAUAUUCAUA